GUGCUGAGCAAAGCCAAGAACAGAACCAUAGAUCUCACAAAAACGUGUGAAAUCUGUUGCAGAAAUCAGCUUAGCCAAAGUGGUUUGUACUUCCUCUUAUUCUAGCCAUUUCCAGAGAAGUUAUACCUCGGAAAGAAGCUACACACCCAUAACCAGAAGGGCUGUAUAGGGCAGAAGCCAUGGGGAUGGUACAGUGGUGGACCCUACUCUGGAUAUCAUGGUACUAUCACAAAAUUUCAGCUGAGGUGUUGGUACAAUACAAAUACUUUGUUCCUGGGCAAAGGCAACACGUCUCUCUACAAGCCCCAGCUGAGCCCAAAGGGACAGAAUUCAUCUGGGAGUGGACAUCACAUGAUGGAAGCAAUAAAAUAGUGAUAAUAACUAUACAGUCCAAUGGUGACUUUGUGUGGAAUUCGAGGAAUAUUUCUAUUUCAAAGGAAAGCAAGUAUGGCAUUCGUCUGGGACCACAGUUACUGAACGCAGGGGUUUUUACUUUUAUUCAAACUAAACCAGAGAAAGUCAACUUGGCCCAGAUUAAAGUGUCUGCUGUAAAAGUGAAUCAACCACCCUUCAUAAUAAAUGAAGGUUCUGAUGUGGCCUUGAGCUGUGAGGUAUCCUACCUUCCAGAUUCAGCUACACUGGCCUGGGAACGGGACAGAGAACCCACUGCUAACACAACGCUGCUCUACAACAACACUGCCCACAUCAUCAUCCACAGUGCUGAGCAGUACAGUGAGGGAACAUAUAACUGUACACUCCGACGGAACGGAUCGCUUAUUUUCAGCGUUCCCAAUACAUUUAAAGUCAAUGAGGGUUCAUUCGGCACACAACGCACUCUGUACAGAGGGAGUUUGAACAGCAUUGAGGUGGUGCUAAUCUGCCAUUCUCACAACUCACACAAAAAAGCUGACUGGUAUUGGACCCCAUUGCCUCAGUCCUUUAUCCUUCUGAUCUCAGCUGAUAAAGACAAGGACGUGUCAGUUUCCAUGGAGACAGAUAAAGAAAGAUUCUCAUUUGAUGUCUAUGAUGGGCAUAAGUUUCCUCUGAGAAUCUCACCAGUGAAGUUUGGCGACAGUGGAAGGUACAUCUGUUCUCAUGAUGGAUACGCGGCCGCUACAGUAACUCUGGUAACUAUUCAGGAGCCCCCUGGUGCUCUGUCCAGGAAUCAGUCAGUUGUGCUGAACUGUGAGAUAUCGAAGGGGAUCGACAAUGUGACCCUGGCCUGGCUCCGGAUGAAGGGGGGCAGAGGGGAGCUCGUAAAACAGGAGGUCCUGACAGAGAGAGCCCCAAAAACAAUGCUCAGCCUCACCCUGCCCAGCCUCACUGAAGACCAGCUACACUGGGCCUGUGUGGUGUUCACAGGGAGCGUGCUCAGAGCACAGGUCCCCCUGCACCUCACGCUGCCAAAAACGUACAUCAAGCAAGGUGAACCUGAGUCAGCCCAGCCUGAGGAGUGA